GACCAGGAUGCCACUAUGUUGCUGCCGUUAUUUUCCAUAAAUACCCCCAAACCCCAGCCCUUCCCCCUCGGGGAUCGCCCCAUCAACCCACCCCUCUUCCUUCCACCCCAAAUUAUGAGGGACGCCGAUCGCGGCUCCACUGCCGUCGGUCUCUGCCUUCUCCCCUCCGAGCUCCUCCACGAGAUCUUCUUCCGCCUCGCCCUCCCGGAGCUUCUCCGUGUCCGAUCCGUAUCCAAGGCCCUCGCCUCUCUCGUCUCCGCUCACGACUUCCGUCGCCUCUACGAUCUCCGCUCCGAUCGCGGCGGCGGAUGGCUGUUCAUCUACAAGAAGAGGCCUCCUAGGGAUUCCGUACUGCGCGGAUUCAAUGACCGCUUCGGCCGGUGGUUCAAGAUCCCCGUCGUGAGCGCGGCCGUCGCCCCCGGCGAGGACCUCUACUUCCUCGCUGCCUCCGGGGGCGUCUUCCUUUUCGCCUCUAACAGCCGCCGUGAGCUCGUCGCGGUCAACAUCGCCACGCGCUCCGUGCGGCGGAUCCCGCCCAGCCCUAUGGGGCCGCGCGGCACCGCGUCGUGGAGGAGAUCGGGGUUGAAGUUGGUCGCCGAUCCCUCCGGCGUCGAUCACUUUCGCUUCCUCUUUGCGGAGAUGGUUCAUAACCGCUCUGUGCUCUUCGAGUAUCGAUCGGAAACAGACUCGUGGCGUGCGGUCGAGGCGGAGCCGGAGCCGACUGGGGCUGGCUCGACGGGAAUCGGCAGCAGAAGGGAUGUUUGCUUGAACGUGGUUCAGUUGGGGCUCGAAAGCGUGGUUCUUUCGUGCGGCGGCGGAGGAGAGGAGGGGCCGGCAGUGGUACUGGCGCACCGCCCGAGGUUCCCAGCUGGCUUCCAAGGGGGCCCGCCUGUGGGAUUCAACACAAGCGACCGUUUCCACGUGUACGGCGAUGGAAACGUGGCGGUGGUGCGCUCGUCGGUGUCGGAGACCGCUGGAGGCGGCGGCACUACCAGGACGCGCGUGGUUACUGGCGUGGAGCUGCUGGGGCUGAGCGGGGACGGGACGGAGUGGGAGUUGACGUCGAGUGCGCCGGCGGCGAUUGUGGAAGCCCUGCGGUGGCGUCCGUACACGGCGAUGAUGGGAUGCCUGGUGGAACGGGAGGGCGUGGUGCGGAUGGCGCUCAUGUCCAACUGCAGGGGAUGCUGGGACCUGGCGUGGCUCUCCUACCACCGGGCCCAGGGCAAGUGGGCGUGCGUCCCCGUGCCGGACUGCGGCACCACCGGCCUUAACAUGGCCGGCAUCGCCCUCUCCUCCACCUUCUCCCGUUCCCUCUGGUCUUCCCUCUCCGCCGCUUGAAUUCCGUGUGCAAAUUUCCACAUAUCGGAAGCACGCGAAUAAGAUGCAGUAGCACUAAACUGUGUGUGCGUGUGUGCGCGAAGAUGGAGUUCGUCGUGCCUGCAAUUUGUGUACAUAAUGUCAUGAAUCAAGAUUCUCUUGCCGUCUCCUUAUUUCAA